AGCCAGAGCUGGGCGGCGGCGGGCGCUGUUGGGGGGGUCUUGCCGAGCCUGAGGCGUUGGCGCAAUGGAGGGGCUGGAAGAAAAUGGAAGUGUUGUCCAAGUUGGAGAAUUGUUACCUUGCAAGAUUUGUGGAAGAACAUUCUUUCCAGUAGCAUUAAAAAAGCAUGGACCUAUUUGCCAGAAAACUGCUACUAAAAAACGGAAGACUUUUGAUUCAAGCAGACAGAGAGCCGAAGGAACUGAUAUUCCAACAGUAAAACCUCUUAAGCCGAGGCCAGAACCACCAAAGAAACAAUCUAAUUGGAGAAGAAAACAUGAAGAAUUCAUUGCCACCAUAAGAGCAGCUAAAGGCCUUGAUCAGGCACUUAAAGAGGGUGGCAAACUUCCUCCUCCUCCUCCGCCUUCUUAUGAUCCUGAUUAUAUCCAAUGUCCAUAUUGCCAGAGGAGAUUCAAUGAAAAUGCAGCUGAUAGACACAUAAAUUUCUGUAAAGAGCAGGCAGCACGUAUUAGUAAUAAAGGCAAAUUUUCCACUGAUACCAAAGGAAAACCAGCUUCUCGGACGCAGUAUAAGCCACCUGUACUUAAGAAGUCAAAUUCUCCUGCAACCACGUCAUCAGGAUCUUCACGGUUACCACAGCCAAGCGGCACUAGCAAAAGUGUUGUAGGUGUGCCUUCAGGUAAAGUGUCUUCAGUUAGCAGCUCUUCGGGAAGCAAACUCCAGACCUUAUCUCCCUCUCAUAAAGCAAUUGCAGCCCCUCAUGCAGGAGCUAAUAUCAAAUCUCGAAAUUCCACACCACCUAGUUUGGCAAGAAAUCCCACCUCUGGUGUGCUUACAAACAAAAGAAAAACAUAUACUGAGAGCUUCAUAGCCAGGCCAGAUGGAGACUAUGCAUCUUCACUUAAUGGCGGAAACAUUAAAGGCAUUGAAGGAAAUUCAUCUGGACACUUACCAAAAUUCUGCCAUGAGUGUGGGACUAAAUACCCUGUAGACUGGGCAAAGUUCUGCUGUGAAUGUGGCAUUCGAAGAAUGAUUUUGUGAACAAAAUCCUGGAAGAAAAAACCCAACUUCAGCAUUUUAUGAUUAUUGCUCCUAGUAUAGCUAGAGCACUUCGUCUAGUUAUUUUGUGCUAAAAAUGUUCUAAAUACCUUUUUCAGUGAUUUCUGGACCAUAAUCUUUUAGCUAUGUUAUGUGUGUGUGUAUAUACGUGUACAUAUAUGUAUAUAAUACCUGAUACCCCAAACUGUGCCAUUCAAAG